CAAUGUUUUCACUAAUUCAAUGUAUCUGUGCUGUGCUCUUAAUAUUGUCUUUACUGUACAUUGGCAACUAAUAUACAUAUACAUAUAUAUAUCUGUGUUUGUGUAUACUUGUUAUUGUAUGCAGAAAAUGAUGAUAAAAUUAAUAACCAGGUGGUAGUAAUUGGUAGUUGAGGCCAAAUCUUGUGUUCUUCUGACUGAAUUAAUCCCACUGUGAAAUGUCUCUUUCUUACAACAACAAACAAGGAAGAGAGGUGAGAAUCCAUGAAAGCUUAGAUGAGCUGAGCAGUGGUCUGGCAGAAUACAUGGCUGAAUUAUCUGAAGCUUCUAUAAAGGAAAGGGGAGCUUUCACCGUCGCCUUACCCUGCGGUUCUCUCGUUCCCUUCCUAAGAUUUUCUGUAAUCAGGAAGCUCUGUGAUUCUCCUUACAACAAAACUGUUGAUUGGAACAAAUGGCAUGUCUUUUGGACAGACGAGCGCGUCGUCGCAAAAAACCAUUCGGACAGCAACUACAAGGUAGCCAAGGAUGGCCUUCUGUCCAAGGUGCCGAUUGCUCGUGGCCACGUGCAUUCCAUCAACGACGCAGUGGCUGCAGACCGUGCUGCUGAGGAGUACGAGUUUGUCAUAAGGCAGCUCGUCAAGAAGCGCGUUGUCAGCGCUUCCGAAACCAAUGACUGCCCGAGAUUCGAUCUGAUCAUCCUAGGAUUGGGUCCGGACGGCCAUGUUGCGUCGCUGUUUCCUAACCACUCUGUGCUUGACGAGGAAGAGCAUUGGGUGACUUUCAUCACCGAUUCGCCGAAACCACCGCCGGAGAGGAUCACGUUCACGCUGCCCGUGAUCAACUCUGCGGCCAACGUCGCUGUGAUCAUCUCUGGCAGCAGCAGAGCUGAGGCUGCCCGGCUGGUGAUCGAUGAAACUGCUCCCGACUGUCCAGAAUUGCCUGCAAGAAUGGUACAACCUAUUAAUGGCGAGCUUGUCUGGUUUGUAGACACAGCAGCUGCAUCAGAACUCGAAUUUGCUAAAUUUCACAUAUAAAGCAAGCCUAUGUACAUAUGAUGUCUGUCGAUUGGUCGAAACACCUUAAAAACAACAGAGCAAAGUUAUAACAC